AUGGCCAAAACUAAAAAUACUCAUAAAUAUCCAAUUCUUCUUCAAAUAAUAAUAAUUCUUUAUCAAUUUUCUUCCUAUUCGGGCCCUUGUUCGGCUCAAACAAACUCUAAUAACACCUCCGGCAACCCGUGCCGUUGUGGACCUUUCGGCAGCUGCAACCCGAACGACGUGAUCCCAUGCAAGUGUUUGCAGGGUUUCAGCCCGAAUAACAGCCCGGAAUGGGCCUUGGGCAAUUGGUCCAGCGGGUGCGUGAGAAGAGUCCCAUUGGGCUGCGAGUUAUUGCCCAACGGGAGCAGGCCCGAUGGGUUCUUGAAGCUCGAGAUGAUGAAAAUGUCGGGCUACUCGAGUAGAUGGACAGGCCCGAGAAGCGAGUGCAGGGCCCGAUGCCUAGUGAAUUGUUCGUGUGUGGCGUAUACGUACGCGGGCCUCGGUUGUCUGUUUUGGAGUGGGUCCUUGAUGGAUACUCAGAAGUAUCCGGAUGAGUCGGGUUCGGAUCUUUAUGUUCGUGUCGCGAAUUCUGAAUUAGAGUCUAAGGAAGCCUCGACGAAGAUUAUAGUAAGUUCGGUUGUAGUUGGCUUUGUUGUAGUGUCCAUUUGCGUCGGUAUUUCAUGGAAAUGGCUGGCCAAGAAACGAGGCAGAAAAAGAAUGAGAGACCUUGAAAACACAGGCACAUUAAGCAAAUUUAAUCUUGAGGAAUUGCCGCUGUUCGAAUUCGAGGUACUUUCGCGCGCGACCAACAAAUUUUCGGAUGCUAACAAGCUCGGGAAAGGUGGUUUUGGCCCGGUGUACAAGGGUGUAUUGGCGAACGGGAAAGAAAUCGCGGUCAAGAGGCUUUCAAAGGCAUCCGGCCAAGGGAUGGAAGAGUUCACGAACGAAGUUUUGCUGAUUUCUAAACUGCAACACAAGAAUCUCGUUCGGCUGCUCGGGUGCAGUGUCGAAAAUAAUGAAAAAAUGUUGAUUUACGAAUACAUGCCGAAUAAAAGCUUGGAUGUUAUACUCUUUGAUGCAUCCCAAGAGGUCCUAGAUUGGGGAAAACGUUUCAACAUCAUACACGGUAUUUGUCGAGGCCUACUUUAUCUUCACCGUGAUUCGAGACUCAAGAUUAUUCAUAGAGAUCUCAAGCCGAGCAACAUACUCCUAGACAAUAAUUGGAACCCAAAAAUCUCCGAUUUCGGCAUGGCGAGAAUUCUUGGCGGGAAGCAAGACCACGUCAACACAAUACGAGUCGUGGGAACAUACGGUUACAUGGCUCCAGAGUACGCGAUCGAAGGAAGAUUUUCGGAGAAAUCGGAUGUUUUCAGCUUCGGUGUUUUGAUGUUGGAGAUUGCUAGCGGGAGAAAGAACACGAGCUUUUACAACCAUGAAGCAUCGUCUAACCUUUUGGGCCACGUGUGGAAAAUGUGGAAAGAAGGAAAUGUCGGUGAUGUCAUCGACCAGAGAAUAUCGAGUCACCGGGUGGAGAUUGUGAGGUGCAUACACAUAGGAUUAUUGUGUGUUCAAGAAUUGCCUCAAGAUAGACCGUCUAUUUCAUUCGUGCUCUCGAUGCUUAGGAGUGAGAUUAUAGAUUUGCCCGAGCCUAAACAGUCAGCAUUUGUUUUGAACUCGACUCAUUCUAGCACGGGCACAAGUUCUACUCAGCAAAGCCAAAAGAGUAGUUCAAUAUCCUUAAACAAUGUAACUCUUACAAUGGUCGAUGGCCGUUGA